UUAAGUUAUAGUCUAAUGGGUCCAGAGCAGCUCUCAGGAGGAAGCGGUCCACAUCUGAUUCUUCAGUGAGAAGUUGAGUCAGGAAGCUAAGUGAGCAAUGGGUGCUGAUAAUUCUACAACUGAAGAUAUGAUGGCCGUGGAUAUCCACUAUUGGUAUAAUAAGUUUAUGCGCGACUCUCCAUCUGGUCUUAUAACCUUGUAUGAACUUAAAGCAAUCCUCGGUCUUCAGGGACUGAAUGAAGAAGCAAAUGGAUAUAUUGAACAAGUAUUUGCAACAUUUGACAUGAAUAAGGAUGGAUACAUAGACUUUAUGGAAUACGUUGCUGCACUAAGCUUGAUCUUAAAAGGAAAAAUCGACCAGAAGUUGAAGUGGUAUUUCAAAUUAUAUGAUGCUGAUGGAAAUGGAAAGAUUGACAGAGAAGAAUUGCUUAGCAUAUUUAAGGCAGUACAAGCUAUCAAUAGGCAUACUGACAUGUCGCCAGAAGAGAUCACAGCCUUGGUAUUUGAUACGAUAGACAAAAAUGGAGAUGGUGAAUUGACAUUAGAAGAGUUCAUCAGUGGAGCGCAAGAACACCAGAUGAUCAUGGACAUAAUCAAAAAGACCCUCGACCUUUCAAAUGUCCUGAAAGUCAUCAAAAGCGGCAGAAGGAACAGUGUUUAAUGAACACUCUUUGCAGACCAGGUUACAGGACCGGGCUGAAGAGCUAGGAAAGCUCCAUUACUUUGUUUAGGAUUCUGUACUUGUAAAAAAAAAAAAAAAAACUCUUAGACACUGUGGCGGAGUGUCCCGCCCCUAUAUAUUUAUUUAUUAUUAUUUUUGUUUGUGGCACAGAUAAAAAUACAAAUAAUAAUAAAUAAAUAUGUAGGGGCGGGACACUCCGCCACAGACACUGUAGGGGAAGAAACCUCUCUAAGAUUGCACUGUUUUCCUGUAUUGAUUAUGAAUAAAUAAAUAUGCAGGAAAGCUGUUGAAGAAAGAACUAGAACAUGGGAAUAUUCUGUACUGCAAUGAUACCACAUGAUAAAUGGUGUGGUGUCUGGAAUAAAAACCAGGUUGCAAGUGGUUUCUAAUGCAGGCUAAUGACUGGUGGCUUCUGCAAAAUUUCAAAAGCUACUUUCAUUUACAAAUAUAAAAGUUAAUCUUGGGUCAUAUUGUUUGUCACAGCAGCUUAUAAAAAUCAAUAUUUUAUGUUUUUAGGAAUAUUAUAUUUGAACUAAAGCCCAGCAAAGCAGUUGCAACAAGUUUCUAGGUUUUCUUACUUCCAUAAUUUGAAAAAAAAAACACAUCACUUUAUCAUUUUAUCUAUAUUGAAUUCCCUGUCCACAGUUCAAAAUGUAGUAUUAUUCAUGACUGCUACACCUGUUUCAGACUUUAAAAGUGGAAAUCCAAUGUAAUUGGGUAUUCAUUUUUAUGCUUAAAAAAAACAUAUCAAGACAUCUCUUAAACUAGUGGGGAAAAUAACAAAAGCACAACAUUAAAUUAGGCGACUGCGAAAAUGAAAUACUGUAGUAUUUAAAAGUACUGUAGGAUCGGGAUGAACAAGCUCUGUUUGAAAUAAAAUUAAGGGGACCAGAAUUAGGCUCAGGCAAGAUAUGAAGGUAAAAACAAAAAUGGUUUUGUAAUUAACAGUUUUUUCUGAGUUUAAUUAUUAAACAGAAUCAGAAAACAUCAAGACCUA